GCGUUCACUAAACGGAAGCGUUUUCCACAGAUUUCCUUAAAAAAUUGUGUUUACAUGCUCCCAUCCUCUCUCGCGUUUUAGUGGCUUUGGGAGCCUAAUCUGCGGCAGAAUGAGCGCCAUUCAGCUGCUGCGGAUGUCGGUGCACCAGCGGAUCAGCGCCGCCGCUGAGGACGUCCUACAGCAGCUGGAAAACGGGGAGAAAGCGGCUAAACUCCGGACGCAGAGAGCAGUGAUAACCGCGCGGCUAACGGCUACCGCGGAGGAAAUCUUCGGACUGUUUAAGGAAACUUUAGCGGGGUACGAGGAGAGACUGCGGCAGUCCGAGCAGGAGAUAUGCCUCCAGAGAAAGCAGCUGGACGCUCUGCUGAAACCUGAAGUCAGACUACAAAGGUCGGAGCAAAUGGAGGCUUUUAAAGCCGCAGGAGCCGCUGCGGCCAGCGCUUACUCAUCCAGUUCCGGUCAACUUCACAGUAAAAGCCCUGCAGACCAGAGUGAAGAGGAAGUUGAAGACACAGGCCUUCUGAAGAUAGUGACGCUGGACGACUCUGGCCUGCCAGCCCAGUUCGACUCAGCGGACCUGAAUCCGCUCGAUUCUGAGAACGUCAGCGAUGCUUCCUGCCCGUCGUCGCCACUCUCCUCUUCUCCAUCCUACCACCUGGCGGCCUCUACGUGCACCGACGACGACGACGACUGGACGGAGAGUCAGUCUCUCAGGUCAGAGGGCAAAAGGAAAAAGAAGAGAGGUCGGCCUUGCAGAUCUGUCGAGAAAAUGGAAGGAAGUCCUCCUCUUGGAUCUUCUGGGAAGAAGAAACGAGGACGACCUCUCGGAUCUUUGGGCAAAAAGAAGAGAGAACUUCUUGGUCUUGAACCUUUAAUCAUUGUGAAAAAGCGAAAGCGCACUCCUCCUACAGAGCGUUUCAGCUGCCAUGUCUGCGGACGCUUCUGUCCGGGGAAAGGCUUCCUGCUGCAGCACGCGCUGCGUGUCUGCGGCAGCAAUCCGGACCGGCGCUGUGGCUUCUGCGGCGAGCUUUCAGACUCUGCUGAUGGCCUGAUGGCUCACCUGCAGGCUCACCAGCAGAACACAAAGAAGUGCUCCGUCUGCGAGAAGACGUUCACUUCCAUCAGGGCUCAGGAGCUGCACUUCCGCAUCCACACGGGGGAGAAGCCGCAUGAAUGCCCCGAAUGCGGCAGAAUGUUCCGGCAGAAAAGCAACCUGAUGUCUCACAUGCUGGUUCACGCGGCAGAAAAACCGUUCAAAUGUAAAGAGUGCCCACGCGCCUUCUGCCACAUGACGUCGCUGGAGCGCCACAUGGAGGAGCACAACAACGCGCUCAUCCUCUCCUGCAGCAUCUGCAAUCAGGAGUUCAGCAAGCGGAAGGACCUGCGGAAACACAUGGCGACCAAUCACGAGGACAGCGUCCCUAAAGCGAAUAAAAGCCGCACAUCUGUGUUGACCAACUGCAAGGUGUGCGGCGAAGCUUUCGACCGGAAGAUCCUGCUAGUCAGGCAUGCUGGGACUCACGCGCAGGAGCCCAACUGCUGCUGCGGCGUUUGUGGGAAUCUGUGCGACUCCAUCGACAGCCUCAACGCUCACCUGCGCUUCCACCGGGUUGCCGCCAGGACCUGCGAAACCUGUGGGAAAUCCUUCCCCGGCCGAUCGGCGCUGCUGAUGCACCUGAGGAUUCACACCGGGGAGAAACCCUUCAGUUGUAGCUUCUGCGACAAGGCCUUCAACCAGAUCGGCAAUCUGAAGAUGCACUUGAAGAUCCACACGGGCGAGCGCGCUUUCUCCUGCAGCAUCUGCGGGAAGGGCUUCACCCAGAAGAACAGCCUGGACACGCACAUCCGCUUCCACAACAAGGAGAGGCGCUUCCUGUGCCAGGUGUGCGGGAAGGGCUUCAUGCAGGACGUGGACCUGAAGAGGCACAUCCUUGUCCACACCGGGGAGAAGCCGUACGAGUGCAGGGUCUGCGGGAAGAGCUUCCAGGCCAGGCGCUCGCUCAACGGUCACCUGAAGGUUCAUGAAGCUGGCGGGAUGGCGGGCGUCACCGAGAACCAGAGGAUGGACAGCUUCUUCUCCGGACCCUUCCAGCUGUAGAUCAGAAACUAAACCUAGGGCUGAGCAAAACGGCUUAAAAAUUAAAUCUCUGAUAUGAUCAGACCCAAUCUGAUUUCAAAUUUUAUAAAACUUUUGUUCUCUCUGUGUUUCUCUAAAAACCAAAUUACAAAUAUCAGAAAACAUUUUCAAAAAGUGGUCUUUUCUUUGAUAAUACCUUCUGUGAGUUUUAUGAAGGAGAAUUAGGGCCAGGCUGCGAGAAUUUAGCUUAGUUACAAGAAGGUGCAAUUUUACCAGACAAAACAUCUGAAUAUUAAGAGAAAAGCUUUGAUAAAGCUAUCAAGAUUUGUUGUGACCAGUUCAGUCCAUGUGGUUCUUUUUCCGAAAUGGACUGAGUUGUUUGCUCAUCAUUUCAAAGUCCUGCUACUGAUUAAAAAAUUUAAUAUUACCAUUAAACAUUAUCUGUAAAACCUAUUCUAAAGAAUAAUUUUACUAGAUGCUCAAUAUUCCUCAUUUAAAUUUUUUUUGUUAUUUUUCAUGUUGGAGUUCUCAUAAAGUUACGACUUUAUUCUCGUGAUUCAAAAACCAGACGUAGCCUGAUGCUAACACUCUGUUGUAGAGUUGACCUGAAUUCAAAAUCCAAAUAAAUAAAACAAGAUGGCCGCCCUGGGCAUGCUGACAUCACUCUGAAUUAUGGAAACUCACAAAGUGGAUUGAUGGAAAAAAAUCCAGAUUUUCCAAAACAUUUUAUCUUUCAAAUCCCAAAAAUUCAAUCAACAUCCAACUUGCUUUCUUUUAUUCUUCUUCUGGAAACAGAUUUCUGGAUUUCUUUGUGGUCUCAUCUCUUGAUCUGGACAUAAACAGUAAUUAAUUUUUCUAACUACAAACUUAUAAAAGCAGGAAAAAUGCUGUAGAUUCUUAAAAACAGUUUGCAGGUUUGAGCCCAGCAGGAAAUGGAGGAAUUAAUAGAUAAUCCCAUAAAAGAGACAAUAGAAAUAAAAGCAAGAUUUUUAAAAUUAUUUGUAAUUUUGUUUUAAUGCAAAGAAAGGUGAAAAAAUAUGAAAAAUUGGAAAUUGGAAUUGGUAUAAUUUUUUAAAAUGUUUUUUAAGUCAGUCUUUUUAGCACACAAUGAAGAGCUGCAGCAGAAAUUAAAAUCCUGCACAAAACAUGAAGCAAAAGGAGUACUGAAUACUGAAACUGAGCUGCUAAAUAAUAAUCAAUAAUCUGUUGAAUCUGAUUUUUUAGUGUAAACAUGGAAUAAAUUGAUGAUCAGAUCCUGAAGUGGAAAAAUAAUUCAAAAAGCAAAUCCCCAUUCCACUGUGAGUUUAAUAAUUUAAAUCAUUAAUUUGAGCUUAGCGUUAGCAUCUCAGCAUUCCUGUAACUGUUACUUUACUUUCACCGUAACGAUAAACUGAUUCAAACAAGAUCGAGAGAAUAAAGAAAUGGACGCAGAAAUUAGAAAAGUUAAACAUUUUCUAAAGAUUUUAUCUUUGCUAUUAGUAGAAAUAUUUGAUUGCAAAGUCAAAAUAAACUGAUAAGCAUUGAUUUAAGUACAUUUAUUCUGCCAAAUUAUAAUUUAUUGGGAUUAUGCAGGACUACAAAUUGGUGGAGGGAUAAAUUAACCCUGAGAAGAUAUUAGGAUAUCUGUUAAAUCUCAAGAUAACAAAUGAGGCUCAUAUAGUCAAACCAUCUCAAUGUAGCUCACAGUUGGAUCACCUGGAUAGAAAAACCAGGAUCAGUUCUGAAUCUGCAGGAACUGGUGUGAAAGUAAAACUGUUCUCUGGUUUGUUCAGUUUUUUUUUACUUUAAUGUAAAACCAGUUUGGAGCAUCAAGAGCUUCCAGUAGAAGCUGCAAGCAUGAGACUGAUUUUAUUAGUCUUCUGUUUGACAUUUUGUCCCACAGUUGAUGCAUUUUUUUUACAAUUUCAGACAAGAUGUAAAUAUUUCUGUUUUAUUUAGUCAAAUGUUACAAUUUGGUGAUUUUGUUCAUCUCUCCUAAUUAUAAUCGCCUUAGGUUUUAGGUUGAGAUUGGAUGAAUUGGACCUUUGGUGCUAAUUAUUAUACCUACACUGUAAAAACAAACUCUUAUUAAGUAUUUUUGGUCUAGUUUCUAGUGAAAACAUCUUACUACAUUUGAAACAAGACAAAACUAAAUUACUAAUAUUUUUUCAG